CGUUGCCACAAUUGGUUUCAUAUCCAAUGUCACAUUCUUCAGGAUGUUUGUGUUUAAUAUGUGAUGCUAGAUUGCUUUUUUUCAGACGUUAUGUUACAAAUAGUGAAAACGGCAGUAUCGUCUUCUUUUUUGAAAUAUGACCGUAAUCUACUUUAUAUUUAUAUUUUGAAAUUAAAAUUGAGUAUUAAUUUAUUAGCAACCAACAGGUACAACACGUGUACAUGUCACAUGUCAUAUCACAAAACAUAUACACUUGUCACUUGUCAUGUUGCCAGUCAAGCGUUUUACCCGAUUUUGUGGGUAUUUUAAUUUGGGUGGGUUUUUCGAUAUCUUGAUACGAUAUAUUGAAUUUUUCGAUAUCGA